GUCGUCACCGGAAGUUGUCGUUAACGGCUGUCUCUUGUGUUUAAAAGUCGUCCCCCGGCGGAGCGCGGCCCCAGUGACCGGCGGAGAAAGAGAGAGAGAGAAAGCAAGCGCCGUCCGCUCGUCUGUCUGUCCGCCAGCCCAUCCACCCGGCUCUGAGCGCGGCCCCAGUGACCGGAGAGCGAGAGAGAGAGCGCCGUCCGUCCGCCAGCCCGGCCGGCCGGCUCCGAGCACGGUCAGCAGCGCAGCUUGGGCCAGCUCUUCACCCACCACACGGGAGAGCGAAUCCACUCAUAGGCCCCGCUUUACCUGUGCACCCGCGUGAAAGGAACAGUCGAUCGAUGGGGAGCAACAGAGAACUACCUCUUUGUGUCACUGCCUCAUCUCUGUACUACAGAAACUCCUCAAUAAUGAAACUGAUAUUAACUGAAUGGCAAUUAAUAUGGAUUUUUAAUAGACAAUAAACAAGCAAUAAUCCAAAGUUUCUACCAAAUAGUUUGCAUCUGGUGUAUGGUUUUGAGUAUACCUUUGAAGGAAAUGGUGGAAGAAAACUAUUAAUCCUACAACUGAAACGGAAAACACAAGGAAAAAAGUUUUUUUCAAAAGCAGAUUUAUUUUCUUAUGGCAGCAAUGGCUCCACAGAAUGAUGAUGAUACAGGACCUAUGCAAACACAAGAAUUGCUCACAAAAUUGAAAAAGAAAGUCGAUGAAAAUGGUGAUGAAGCAGUUAGUGAGGGAUCAAUCGAUCAUAUUCCCAUCAAAUUGUGGGUGAUGCAUGGUGCAGUGAUGUUUGGCAGAGAGUUCUGUUAUGCAAUGGAAACUGCCUUGGUAACACCAGUAUUGUUGCAGAUAGGUCUUCCAGAACAAUACUACAGCCUCACAUGGUUUCUAAGCCCAAUCCUAGGACUGAUCUUCACUCCACUGAUAGGUUCGGCUAGUGACCGUUGCACUUUGAGCUGGGGCCGCCGUCGCCCCUUCAUCCUAGCUCUUUGUAUUGGAGUCCUCUUCGGAGUUGCACUCUUCCUAAAUGGCUCGAUCAUAGGUUUAUCCAUUGGGGACAUCCCUGAUCAUCAGCCAAUUGGUAUAGUCCUGACUGUUCUAGGUGUAGUAGUAUUGGACUUCUGUGCAGAUGCAACAGAGGGACCAAUCAGAGCUUAUUUGUUGGAUGUGGCAGACACAGAGGAACAAGAUCUGGCACUCAAUAUCCAUGCAUUUUCUGCAGGCCUUGGUGGAGCUAUUGGCUAUAUGCUGGGUGGCUUAGAUUGGACGCAAACUGCUCUGGGCCAGAUCUUCAAGUCACAACAACAAGUCCUCUUCUUCUUUGCGGCCAUCAUCUUUUCUGUCUCUGUUGCUUUACAUCUUUUCAGCAUCGAGGAGGAGCAGUAUAACCCCCAACAAGACCGCAUUGAUGAAGAAACAGUUGCACACUCGAAUGCUAAUGUAAAUGAAAGUCUUUCACCCCUCCCUCGGCUGGACCUGCUCCACAAAGAACGGCAUUGCAACACUGCAGUUUUUCCUGAUGAAACUUGCUCUGUGCAAGAUGUCAACCUCGACUUCCUGGAUGUAAAUAUUGGGCGGAGCCAAAGUGACUCUGUUUUGCACAUGUCUGAUGCGACAAUAGAAAUUGAAUCAGAAUUAUUUUUUUUGCGAGACAUCGAACCUUCUAUUUUCCAGGACCAUUAUGAUAGUCUCUGUCAAUCCUCAGCAAGUAUACCCAAAAGUUGCAACCAUGAGAUUAUAUCCAAGUUCAAUCACAUCACUAGUUUACUCAGGGAACAUGAAUUUGAAGGUGUUUUAAAAGAUGAUCUUAAAACUUCCAAAGUGGCAAAUGGGGUAUCUGAAGACAGCACAAAUGAUAACAUUAACCACCAUACUUGUAUGGUUGGAAUGAAACCAUCAGUAACCAGCAGUUCCAUGCGCAGACGGAGGCAUGUGUUCUACCGGCAGUCAUCUCACACCUUCUCGUACUACGGCAAGAUGGGAUCACAUCGUUACCGCUUUCGUCGUGCCAAUGCCAUUGUCUUGAUCAAAUCCUCGCGCAGCAUGAAUGACCUGUACGAUCUGCAGAAGAAACAAAGGCAACGUCAGAGACUACGGAACCAGAGUGGGGUGACCAAUGCAAGCAGUGAUACAGAAAGUGAAGGAGGAGAGUCUGAGACGACUGUAAAGCUUCUGUGGUUGUCUAUGCUGAAAAUGCCAAAGGAGCUUAUGAGGCUAUGUAUUUGCCAUCUGGUAACAUGGUUUGCUGUCAUUGGAGCUGCUGUUUUCUACACAGACUUUAUGGGGCAAGUUAUUUAUGGAGGAGAUCCAAAAGGACCUUCUAAUUCUACUGAACUUUGGAACUAUAACCUCGGUGUACAGAUGGGAUGCUGGGGACUUGUUAUUUAUGCUAUCACUGCUGCAAUCUGUUCAGCCAUUUUACAGAAGUGCCUGGAUAACUACGAUUUGAGCAUUAAAGUUAUCUACAUUUUAGGAACACUUGGGUUUUCGAUUGGUACUGCUGUGAUGGCUAUCUUUCCAAAUGUUUACGUCUCGAUGAUAAUGAUCAGUACAUUGGGAAUAAUGUCUAUGAGUAUCUCCUACUGCCCGUAUGCUCUACUUGGCCAAUACCAUGAAAGCAAAACAUAUAGGAAUCACAGUCCUGGAAACUCCAAGAGGGGCUUUGGAAUAGACUGUGCGAUUCUUUCCUGUCAAGUUUAUAUUUCCCAAAUACUGGUAGCAUCAGCACUGGGUAGUGUGGUGGAAGCAGUUGGUUCAGUUCGAGUCAUCCCGAUUGUGGCAUCGAUUGGUUCUUUCCUUGGCUUUUUAUCUGCUUCAUUUCUUGUGAUAUAUCCUGGAAAUCAAGAAGACCCCGUGGAGGAAGGGAAUAAAGACAAGUUAAUGGCCUCUUCAGUAAACAAUAGGAAAAAUACAGAGAAGCCGAUUGUUUUGAAGUUGACUCGUAAAGGCGCUGUCUCUGAAGUGGAGAUUGAAUCGUCUGUUUAAUAAAACAUUCCAGAAAGAGCAUGAUCAAAAAACAUGCAAUAGAUUUCCUGUCCUUCAUUACGUUUGCCGUCUUAACCCACUUUGUGGAAAAGAAAAUGCAAAAACAACCAUAAUAGAUUCUGGUAAACAACUGCUCUGGGAGUGUAUAUGAUGAGCAAAAUAGUUUCAUGAGUAAUUUUUUGUGAAAAUUUACAUGUCAGGAUAAAUUUAACAAUUUGCUUUUGUGUACCUUUAGGUACAGUAAGGCGUUGAGUAAAUAGAUGGAUUUUUGAUACAUUUAAAAUAUAUUAAACUGCUACCCAAACAUGCUGUUUUGUAGCGAGUGAAAUGUCUGUUUUGCAGUAAAUAAGAUACUGCAUUCCAUAAGCCUUGAAUUGCACCGUUGCUGCUUCUCCCAGUUUGAAGUUUUGACUGCAACCAUUAUAAAUAGCUUUAUAAUGGCAAUGGAACUAGAUGGAUCCUCUGACUUCUCCUAGUUAUGGAAAUGAUAAAUCAGUAAUAAUCUGAACAACGUGAUUAUUUGUCUGGGCAACUUCAAUCUUUCAGACUGCAUUAUGCAAUCAUCUUUCCUCGUGACUCACUCGGUUGAAGAUACCAUAUGUACAUACUUCAUCAAAUAAAAAAGAAAUAAGCUGCCAAAUGUUUCACCUUGGACAGCAUAUCAUGGCUCCCAUUUUUUUUCCCCUGAGAACUCUUAUGGGGAAAUCCUAUACAUACUUGGUUGAUGAGCUUGGACACGAUUAAAUUUAAUACACUAAUCCCUAGCUAAAUGAACUGAUCAGUCUUGAGCUAUUUUUGUAAGCAAUUAAAAUAUAGGCCUCUAAAGAUGUGAACAUUGCCUUUUGAUACCAUUGUGUUAGAUGGCAGAUGAUCAGAUUCCUCAUUCUAUUUUUGAAAACAGAUGUGCAUUUACAUUUUUGCAACAACCCUACAUUCCUUUUCUUCACUCCAUAUUUCAAAUGCAAGAACAAACAUCUGAUAUCAAUGCUGCAGAUAAAUCGAGUUGAUUUGGUCCCCAAGACCAAAUUUUAAAACUUGACCCGAGUGCAAGUCACUUAUAAUGAUUGUAUGAUCUAGAUGCUUAUGAGUGUUCCUUCAUGCUAUGGUUUAAGUUGAUAGCUGGGGAAGAAUGUGCUCAAAUUACAUUUUUGCUUUUUUUUUCCCCCCUAAAUAUUUUCACAGCUGCUUUAUGGUCAAUGGUCCACUUCUACAAGGUAGAGUAGCCUUCUAGAGUUUCCUUCAUUGUCACAGCCUGUUGUUACUGCUUCAACUCUCCCUCUGUGGGUUUGAGAUUGGUUGAGUCUAAGACAUCAGACUUUGAAACACUUGGUUACUCCAGCAAUAUUGUACUAGAAGUAACAAUCUAGGAAAUGUAUUAUGGAGAAAAUUGCUCACCUGAAUAACGAAAAACGGGGGGGGGGGGGGGGGUAAUUAGAGCAGUCCAUUUAAAAUUGUAUUUUAAAGUUGAGAAAUACAAUAUGCCAGCUUUUUCAAAAAUUGAACUGGGGCCAAAGAAACCAUAACCUAAACAUGGCCUGAUUGUUACAGCAGUGAAGGAGUAGUUGAAGAUUGUGUCUUGGGGAAAAGACAACAGAAAUAUGGCAUACAAGUGUCAUUUCUGUUGCCCAGAAAAUCUCCAUUCUGAAGUGAAAGCAAAGUACUCAACUUCACCUUGAUACUUCUAGAAAAUUAGCCUCAGCUUGGCUUAAAAUGGAGAGGUGUAUUUCUGAAUGAUUUUCAUUGUGAUAAGGAUGCAGUUUAAAAACUGAGACACACGACUCCGUUUUUUGUUUGUGUGCAGAUGAUUUGCACGUUGCAAUAACCCUUAUGAAAUAGACAUCACAACACAUGCAGAAAAUGUAAUAAUGAUAUUGUGUGCAAAAUCUAGCAAAUUACAAGAAUCCUUUAUUACUUUGAUAGGAGGACUCAGUUGUAAGGAUGCGCGUGCAUGGGAUAAAAGGACCAUCUUGCCAAAGGAAAUAGACUAAUAAAUAGCAGCAGAAUCCUUUAUUUAAUGUACAAGAACUAUACCAUCUAGAUGUUGACUACUAAAGCAAAACUCUUUGAAUGUAUUAUGCUUUGUUCUUUGAAUGCUAAGGCAAUCCAGCGGAAAAAUUGCACACUGUUCUACAUCAGAGACUUUAUACACAUUUAUCAUAUUUAUUUAGCAAGUAUUGAUUUUUUGUUUUGUAUUAAAAUACUACUGAGCUUAACAGACAUGUUCUGGCAAAAUGUCAAUAUAUUUGGUGCAGUGUUUACUUUUAUUUCAUCCAUUUUAGUAAUUGUCUUUAUUUUUAAAGUGACAUUUGUAUGCAGAAAAAAGAUAAUGUAUUGGGCCUUAGAAUUUUCUGAGCUUGCCAGUUUUAUUGCUAACAAAUGCCCAACAAAAGUGAAACAACUUCCUGUUUAAAUGUGCUUAUGAAGGACUUGAGGUGAAGAUAAUGGGUAAAUGCUAUAUUUUAAGUAUAUGCAAUUUGUGAUAACAUCAAUUCUAUGUCAAGUGCGGAGGGGGGGGGGGGGGGGGGGGGAAUCUGUUCAAAUGCAUGUUUAAAUUUACAUAAAAAUUGUAGCCAAGUCCUGGUCACACCAUCUGUAAGUGUCCAGCUAAUAAAAAGAUCAAUAUAUAACUUAUUUUGUGUGAACAGGUCCAAAAUGAGAUUUGUAAUGCUUUCUGUCUGCACAUCAAGACUUGCAAGAAAAAAUAUUUUUAGCGUGCCUGGUGUUGCCAGUCUUUGUUCUUAAAGUGCAGCAAUGACUGAAUUGUCCCAUCAACAAAAUCAAGUUAACAUAUGCCAAAACAAGUGGUUGCUCCCAACUUUGCGCAGCAUGCACAUGUUUAUUUCUGUAUGUUUUUAAAGGACUGGCCAAAUUGUUUGAAAUCCCUGGUUUUAGGAGGCAUGUCACCAUGUAACUGUUGAACUGCACUUGAAUGAAAUGGAGGCAGAAGAACAUUGGAUAGCUCCGAAUUGUACCAUUCACACUAUAAAACAUCUCAUUAUAAAUAUGGUUCCAUAGUGAACUGGCUAAAAGACAACUGCUUUUGUAAUCAACUUAUUAAGUUGGGGCACUAGUAGCUCUUGCUGAGUGGAAAUAUUAAAUGUGUUAAACACAUGCUGUAGUUUUAAAAAGGGAUAAAAACAAAGAAUGUUUAAGAAUGAUACAAAUGACAUAAUGGCAUAGACUUUAUAUUUUCAAGCUUUUGUGUUGGAUAAAAAAUGUGAAUGAGUCAUUGCAUGAAACAGUGACUUUGACUAUGUUGAGCACUUUCCAUUUUAACUGUAAGGUUGAUUUUAAAAGAAAAUUAGAAAAUAUUCUAUUCUUCCAUAUAGUGUGUUUCAAUAUAUUUCAUGAAAAAUAAAUUGAAGUGAAAUACA